GUUCUUAAGAGAUGGAAUUCGAGAGAUCAAGCCACACUGCUUAAAACAUCACAUGAUCUUUCCCAAGCCCCGUAUUUCAUAAAACAGGAGGCUGACUCGGUGACUCCCGGUGGAUGGGACUGGGGAGUGAGAGUCAAGCCCUGACUGAUUGCGGGCGCUCGGACUCAGCAUGGAAAGUCUCUUCGGGGUCCUGGGAUUUCUGCUGCUGGCUUCAGGACUGCCGCUCCAGGCGGCCAAACGAUUUCGUGAGGUGCUGGGCCAUGAGCAGUAUCCAGGUCACAUGAGGAUGCACAGCCAAUUACAUGGCUGGUCUUCUGAUGAAAAUGAGUGGAAUGAGAACUUGUACCCAGUGUGGAAGAGGGGAGAUGGCAAGUGGAAGAACUCCUGGGAAGGAGGCCGUGUGCAAGCCGUCCUGACCAGUGACUCACCAGCUCUGGUGGGUUCCAAUAUCACAUUUGUGGUGAACCUGGUGUUCCCCAGAUGCCAGAAAGAAGAUGCUAACGGCAACAUCGUCUAUGAAAAGAACUGCAGAAGUGAUUUGGGGUUCACUCCUGACCGAUAUGUUUACAACUGGACAGCAGGGGCAGAGGACGGUGACUGGGAAGGCGGCACCAGCCAAAGCCAGCACCUCGCAUUCCCUGACAGGAAGCCCUUCCCUCGCCCCCACGGGUGGAAGAAAUGGAGCUUUGUCUACGUCUUUCACACACUUGGUCAGUAUUUCCAAAAACUGGGUCGGUGUUCAGCACGGGUUUCUGUAAACACAGUCAAUAUGACACUUGGCCAUCAGGUCAUGGAAGUGACUGUCUUUCGAAGAUAUGGCCGAGCAUACAUUCCCAUCGCGCAGGUGAAAGACGUGUAUGUGAUAACAGAUCAGAUCCCUAUAUUUGUGACCAUGUCCCAGAAGAAUGACCGGAACGCAUCUGAUGAGACCUUCCUCAGGGACCUCCCCAUUGUGUUUGAUGUCCUCAUCCAUGAUCCCAGCCACUUCCUCAACGACUCUGCCAUUUCCUACAAGUGGAACUUCGGAGACAACACUGGCCUGUUUGUCUCCAGCAAUCACACUUUGAAUCACACGUAUGUGCUCAAUGGAACCUUCAGUCUUAACCUCACUGUGAAAGCCGCAGUGUCUGGGUCGUGCCCUUCACCUUCACCUUCACCUUCACCUUCACCUUCACCUUCUUCACCCACACCGCCGCCGACACCCAGCCCCUCUUUAAUGCCUACAGGUUACACCUCCAUGGAGCUGAAUGACAUUUCCAAUGAAAACUGCCAGAUAAACAGAUAUGGUUACUUCAGAGCCAUCAUCACAAUUGUCGAGGGAAUCCUAGAAGUCAAUGUCGUCCAGAUAGCAGACGUUCCAGUGCCCAUGCCCCGGCCUGACAACCCCCUGAUGGACUUCACUGUGACCUGCAAAGGGGCCACUCCCAUGGAAGUUUGUACCAUCAUCUCUGACCCCACCUGCCAGAUGGCUCAGAACAGGGUCUGCAGUCCUGUGGCUGUGGACAAGCUGUGCCUGCUGUCUGUGAGAAGAGCCUUCAAUGGGUCUGGCACGUACUGUGUGAACUUCACUCUGGGUGAUGAGACAAGCCUGGCCCUCACCAGCGCCCUGAUCUCUAUCCCUGGCAAAGACCCAGCUUCCGCUCUGAGAAUGGUGAAUGGUACCUUGAUCUCCGUCGGCUGCCUGGCCGUGUUUGUCACCAUGGUUACCAUCCUGCUCUACAAAAAACACAAGGCAUACCAGUCUAUAGGAAACUGCCCCGGGAAGAUGGGCAAAGGCAAAAGCCGGAGUGUGUUCCUCAGCCAUGCAAAAGCCCCGUUCUUCCGGGGGAACCGAGAGAAGGACCCACUGCUCCAGAACAAGCCGGGCAUGCCCUAAGUCUUCAGCCUGGUUUCUGACCGGAAGCCUACUCCAGUGUGUGUGCGUGAGCUGCGCAGAAGCACAUGACUGGUAACGCGUGUCCGGGGAUUAUUGUAAAAUAUGUAUCGUGGUUUACGGAGGUUAGUUAAUAUGGCAUUUUAGAGAAGGGAUGAAAUGACUUAGUGUUUCCUCCCAUUUGUGUCAUGGCUUUUAUACUGUUAACAGGAUGGAUACAUUGUGUCUGAAGAGUAAGGGAGAAGUCAGGGAAGACUCCUGAAGGUCCUAGGUUAACUGGGAGAGGAGACUACAUGCUUCUCCACCUUCCACAUAACCAUGUGCAUGA